AAGUCAAGUUGUGAGAAAUCUGCGUGUGGGAGGAAAGUGAAGGCAGGAAGGUGCCACCCUAGCAACCUCCGAGGAGCAACAGCUUGAACCUUGACACACAUUGAGGAUAACAUCGAUGCUGGCAUCCAUCAAACACAAUCGGCUCCUUCUCUUUCUCGCAAUAGCGACUCUUGCUUAUCGAUGUUGCACAUCCUUGAUGCGCAGAACGAGGGGAACACAGCGACAGCCAACAGCAUCACAAGCAGGACAUACAGCCAUAGUGGAGUGGCAGCACAGACACACUCGGCAGCCCCGUCAACCCAGAUCUUUCCCCCAGACGAUGGCUGCAUGGAUGUCGGUGCAGUUUGGAAAGGACGAAGAGCUGAUGGCUGCAGUUGACACAGCAGAUAUAGACAAAAAAAUCAAACAAAACGAUCUAUCAAUCACUAAAAGGGAGAAGAUCGCAGGGGAGCUAAAGUUGCGAACGCUCGCAGGCAUCGUGACGAUACCGCUAGUGAUUGGAAUCGGCCAACGGUGCGUAGGGACUUCAGCAUGUGCACCAGCUCAAGAUUGCAGCGUCUCUCUAUCAGACUUAGCUCGAUACUUCCAGUAAAGUUGACUGACCCUACCUUGUGGUUUCUCGGAAUGCGUGUUGCUACUGUUAAAGGCUUGGAUGUUAGCACUUCAGAUGCUCACCAUCUUCGAGACGAUGCCAUCACGCAGAACCUCAUCUUCAGGCCAGUCAGAACGAAAAGCAAACUUGAACCAGUAUUU